AAUUAAGGUUUUGAAGGGGGCUGUUCGCCUCAAGCUCUCUAUACUGCUCACGCCGCUACUGGUCGACUCAGCUCCCGUUCUCAGUGACUCCGGUCCGCUGGCCGCCGCAUCUCACCCUCGUGUUUCUGUUAACUCCCAACCUCUCUGUCGUCCUCGCCUUCGCAUUGACUGCCGUUGUCACUUGCCGUUCUCGCGUUCCCGUACGAAGACCACUCUCCGCCUCAGUCUAGCCACCUCAGCCUCAGCUUCUCGCCUUCUCAGACUCGCGUUCGAAGAUCAAUCCCUCUCUCUCGUCUCUCUGCAAUUUUUUUUGCCCUUUGGCUCCUCAUUUGGGAGAUGAGAGGGCUACAGCUACCAUUGAGCCAAACUCAGAAGGUUCGACUGCAGAAAGCUCUGCAACAGCUCGAGUCUCUAUCUUCCAAGGUCAAUUCGGAUGCUUCUGUUACUGUAGCUGAUUCCAUAUCUGUUAACCACGAAGAUGGCUUCCUCAAGGGACAUGGUACCACUGACCUCAAAGGUGAAGUGGUUGCCACUGUAUGCGGUGUGGUUGAGCGCGUUAACAAGCUUGUGUAUGUCCGCACGUUGCGCUCCAGGUACAAACCCGAGGUCGGAGACAUUGUGGUAGGUCGUGUUGUUGAGGUUGUUCAAAAGCGUUGGAAAUUGGAGAUAAAUUACAGUCAAAAUGCCACUUUGAUGCUGUCUUCAAUGAAUUUGCCUGAUGGCAUCCAGCCUAAACUGAAACGAUAUGUUGGCUUGCAAGUAUCAUUUAUGGCCUGUAGCAUCUAUUUUGUCCAGAGACGACGGACUGCUUUGGACGAACUCAACAUGCGUAGUGUUUUUGAAGAGAAUGAUGUUGUUUGUGCUGAAGUUCGUGGUUUCCAGCAUGAUGGUUUGCACCUUCAAGCAAGAAGUCAGAAAUAUGGGAAACUUAAGAGAGGUCAACUGCUUACUGUCACUCCUUAUUUAGUGAAGAAACAGAAGCAGCAUAUCCAUCAUAUAGAGCAGUAUGGCAUUGAUUUGAUUCUUGGUUGUAAUGGAUUCAUAUGGGUGGGGGAACACAUUGAAGCAAAAGACGAUGACGACAUGGCGGAUCAAGCGAAACAAUCUGAAGGGCAAGAGCAAAGUUUCACGGCAUUAGAGACAAGAAAAUACAUAUGCAGGACUGCUAAUGCUGUUAGAGUAUUAUCCAACUUGGGGUUCAAUAUGACAUUGGAAAUUAUCAAGGAAACGGUUAAUCUCAGCCUCACGUUGAAUCUUGAUGCGCAUGAAAUGCUGAGUUCUGAGUUUUGUGUUCUGGUUGCUGAAAAAGAGGCUGAGAGGAGAAGCUCGAUAAAAAAGAAAAGAUAGACUAUUGCCUUGGAUUCUUCUAGCUGGGAAUUUUGUAGCUGUGACUUUUAGGAUGAGAUUUUUAAUUCAUAGUGAACAUUUAGUUACAUCCAUUUCCUUUGGUGGCAAGUUUCUGGUGAUAAGUUCUAUAAUCCUAGUGUUUGGAUAUAAUUCAGAACCGUUCAUAUAGAGAAGUGGUAAACAUCGUUGGAUGGAAUGUGACCAUUGGUUUACUUUACAAGUUUUGCUGUUCCAAAUUCCAAUACUUUCGUGUGUGUAAUUUCUCCAAUAUUGAAUGAGUGACCCAACACUUUUUUCUAUGAAA